ACUUAGACGAAAGCUCAAUUAUAAGUUUGUACAUAAUGAAAUCCAUAGUCAUCCUUUCAUUUUUGGCUUGUGUUUUGGUAUCAACAUUUACUUCAGUCUACGGAGACACGAAAAAUUGUUUCUGCCGAGUGGUUUCUAAAGGCAAUGGCUUCAAAGAAAUAAAAUACCUCGGUUCCGUUGACGCCCAUCACCACUGGUUGCGGGUCGGGUGUGGACAGCUUGACAACUGUUACAAGCAUUGUGACGCAGCCGUUGCCACGUGGGCAUGUAGCAGCGAAUGCACGAGUACUGCGGGUACACAGAGAUUUAUACCAUAUUACGAAGCGAGCAACUGCGGCGGUAAAGGUCACUUGCCAAACAAUGUUCGCACGUGUGGUAGCGGAUGCGUGAAGGUUUAUCCGAAACCUCCUCCCAGCAGUUCUGGCUUGUCUGGCUUAACAUUCAGCGAGGAGCCUGCGGUUUAAAUGGUGAAGCUUGUCUUCCACCGGAUGUCCAAAGCAAAGUGAUGUGCGUUUUUGAAUUACCUCGUUUACUGAUUAUGGAAAGAACUACUAUGUUCUAGAUUGUACAAUUUGUUUAUUAGAUUUUUAUUAUUUUGUAUUUGUGUGUUGUUUUAUGCAUUUAUUUAUUUUUAGAAAUUAUGCAACAUAUAUUUGUUGAAAUAUGUAAUGUUCAUCCAUUUAUAAAUACAAGUGAUGUGCUGUCAUUUUUGUUUUGGUUUCUUAUCAUAUUAUUUUGAUACAUGUAUACGAGAUGUGUUUUAAAUGUAUAC